AAAAUCAACAAUACCCAUCUCUCCAAAUUUGCAGAUUCGUCCAAAUCUUUUGGAAUUUUAUGCGAAUCGUACUUGCCCACAUCCCAUUGGAUGCCUUUGAUCCAAAGACUCUUUCGUGGGACCAACGAUGAUUCGAAAAAUUAAAGCUACUGGAUAAAGAUCAUCCAAUUCUUCAUUCCUUCCUCAUGACUCUUCUCUUUCUAUCGGUUUCAUUUUGAUUUUCCUUUUUUGCACUUUUUAUCACUUCCAAUUCUCUUUUUCUUCUUCUUCUUCUUUCCCUUUGCGUGUUCUUUCGUUUUCAGUUCAUCAGCGUCGAAAAAGAAAAGAAAAAGAAAAUGCUGCUCUUUCACUCUUUCUAUUUAAGUUUUUGGGUCGAUUUCGUCUUUGAAGAAUGAUCUGAUUCCAUUUUCGCCUUUGAUCGUUCUUCAGAAUCGCUUCCCUUAACUUGAAGAUUGGAUGGGAGAUGCACAAACUCAGAAUGAACCAUACGAGAUUGCUUCCACGGCACACGAUGAUACUCUUCAAAUCUUCAGCAUUGUAUCACCAAUGGAUGAGAUUCUUACUCAUCUCUUGGCAUUGACCAGUUACAUAACUCGUCGAUUUGUCAGAUUUAUUGAGGAUCUUAUAGCCAGAGAUGUCGACAGAUUUCUCACCGACCAUAUCAUCGUUCCACAGAGAGUUUGUUCGAGUUAUUCUGGUCAGAAUAGGCAAAGGUCUGUUUCAGAAGGUUCAUCAUCUUCCAUUGCAGCCUCCAAUUCAAGAGACGGUCUGCUCAUAGAUAGAACAUCAGAUGUAGAAACUAUUUAUAGUUACGAGGUUGCAUCUCCCAUUUUUGAAGGGUUGAUGCUCCCAUUAUACGGUUUACAAUUUGUUCAAAAAUUAGCAUCAUGCUCCUUGAGAAAUUGUUUCUCGUGCAUUCGAUGUGUCGAACUCUGCCUUUACAAUAUAAUGUGUAGAAUUAGAAAAACCUUGCUCGGUUCUUCGAAUGAUAUUGGAUGGCUGCAAACCACUCCUGGCAUGCCUCCUGUUGUUGAUGGAACAGCAAGAUUCUUGGAAUUGCUCUCUGAUAUAAGGAACGGAGAGCAUAAACUACCCAACUCAUUCGUUUAUUUACUGAUUCCAGGUCUGUUUAGCAAUCAUGGUCCCUUGUAUUUUGUGGGAACCAAGAAAUUUUUUUCAAAGAUGGGCCUUACUUGCCAUAUUGCAAAAAUUCAUAGUGAGGCAUCUGUUGAACACAAUGCCUGGGAGUUAAAAGAAUACGUCGAGGAGCUUUACUGGGGCUCGGGCAAGCGAGUGAUGCUGCUCGGCCAUAGCAAGGGUGGGGUUGAUGCUGCUGCUGCAUUAUCAAUCUACUGCAAUGAGUUGAAAGACAAAGUUGCUGGCUUGGCUUUGGUACAAAGUCCAUACGGUGGAACUCCUUUGGCUUCGGAUUUUCUUCGCGACGGGCAGGUUGCUGACAAAGAAACGCGGAAGAUCAUGGAGCUAUUGAUUUGCAAGAUUAUUAAGGGGGACAUUCGAGCAUUGGAGGAUCUAACGUAUGAUAAGCGGAAAGAGUUCAUCAUGAACCACAACCUCCCCGAGAACGUACCAAUACUUUCCUUCCACUCCGAAGCACAGGUUGCACCAGGAGUUCUUGCUACAAUGACUCAUAUAGCGCAUGCCGAGCUACCUUGGCUACCUCUUCCAAGAUCAUGGACAGAAUCCGACACAGUGGUACAGGGCGGGCGGCGUGUUCCCGUGGUGAUUCCCCUUUCUGCUGUCAUGGCAUUGUGUGCUCUUCAUUUGCAGCUUCGGUAUGGGGAGAAGAGCGACGGAUUGGUGACCUGUCGUGAUGCAGAAGUUCCUGGCUCCGUUGUCGUGAGACCGAACCAGAAGCUUGAUCACGGGUGGAUGGUUUACUCUUCCAAGAAGAAGAGUACAGGUGAUCCUGAUGCUUGUGAGAUGUGUGAAGCAAUCUUGACACUGCUUGUGGAGCUUGGGAUGAGAAUGAAACAAGUAAAAUAGUUGGUGGCUUUCUUGUAAUAUUCGAAAAACAAAAUCCAAAUUCGUACGUUGGAAAAUCUAUUGAAAAUUUUCCGGGUGCUCUUGAAAAUUGAAAGCCGACCGUAUUUUUCAUACGACGGGUCGGCUGAGAGAUUUGGAUUUCAGAAAUGAAAUCAACUGAAAUUUUUUUAAAAGAAAAA